AUGCCAGUCCAAGUGACUGAUACCCACGAAGACUUGCCAAAGGAACGCCAAAAGUUCAUCGACGACGCCUUGCGACUUGCUGAAGAUGUUUCGAAGAACCAGACGUUCAAUACUGUCCAGCCACUUCUCAACUUUUGGGCAGCCUUCUCGCCUAGUAAUGAAAUUAGAACACCUUUUGGAUUAUACAGGGAGGGUACCGAACUUCGUGGGGUUUACUACGCCUAUCCAGAGGUUGGGAGAGCAGCAUGCGACUCCCUAGAAGACCAAUGUGAUUAUCCUAUAUUCUUAGGAAACGAUCCUAUGUAUGGAGGCCUUGGAGGAGAUUUCACUGUAAUCACGGCCUCUAUUCUUAACGGUCCUCUUGUUCUACGACAUGAACUAGGUCAUUCAAUCUUGGAAGUUGGGGAAGAGUAUGACGGAGGUUAUGCGUAUUUCGGGUCCAACGCUGGACACGAUACAAAGGAUUUUCCAUGGAAACGUUGGCUUAGUAACCCUUCAAGAAUCAACGAACAUGGAGGACCGCGAGUCGAACGCUCCGUGAUGGCCAUGCAAGCAUAUCCAUGGACCUUACUCAAUAUGACUACUCCAUGGUCCAUUAGCUUCAGUUCUUCUGGGACGUAUGAACGUUAUUCAAUCCAGUUCUCUCUUUCUGGAAUACCCGACAAGGACGAUCUACGCGUUACUUUGGAUGAUAUUGACCUUGGCUGGGAGCCACGCAGUGCGGUCGGGAUGGAUCGGUGGUUCUACAAUUUCCUUUCUUCUGUCAAACUUUCACCCGGUACCCAUGAGCUUAAAUUCCACCUUCUAAAUGACAAGAAUGAAGGCACAGCACAAUUAUGUAGUGCCGAAAUCCUGGAAUACGGAAGUGAAGAAGAAUUCGUUAUGGUACCGGGAUACUACGGACUUUAUCCUACGUAUUCUGAUGUCAAUCAAACUAGUUAUCGGCCUACAAAUGACGAUUGUCUCAUGCGAUUGGUUACUAGUCCAAAUUUCUGCAAGGUUUGCCUCGAGACACUUUGGCUCAACCUUCUUAAGAACGUCAGCUUCAUCGACGGUAUCAAUGAAAGAUGUACCGAACCUUCAGAUUCUUCAGCGGCUAUGAUUCAAACGCUCCAUCUGGACCUUCUUCCAUUGGGACACCUCAGGAAACCACAUACGGUAAUAAGCGAGAGUUACACCAUCUUUUGGGAAAAGGACGGCAGACAACUUAUUCAGCACACAAACCAGACUGAAAUCAACAUUGAUGAUGAUCCUGUCGGAGAAUAUACCGCUACUGUUAGGUUCUCGACACACGAGGUCAAGGUAGAUAGUCCGAAGUUGCAGAGUAAGCUUUCUUAUCGAGUAGUGUCAUCGUGUAGUACUCGGGGCGUCAGCUAG